AUGGAUACACUAAGAUUUGAAGGCAAUAAUUUAUACGUUGGUGUUUUGCCCACACUUUACAAGCUGGUUAAUCCUAAUAAGUCACCAUUUCACUCUUUGAAAUAUGACAUCUUACAUGAUAUCUCCGCCGUCAACAGUGGAAUAAAAUUACAAUCAAACUUCACCUUACAGUGUGAAGAGGAGCAAAGUAAAGAUACAUUAGAAGUUUAUGGAAGUGUAACAUGUAAAGCAGAAAUUGAUGGAGUUACUUCAGAUAUAACAUUUAAUAUAUCAUAUUUAAAUGAAGGGUUGACAGCUCCAUUAGAUAAUCUUGUAAUCCACCAUUGUGUUCAGUCUGUUGACUCUGAUAUCAUUCAAAAAGACAGUUCAAAUGUCAGGCCAUUACCAAGACGAAUUAGAUUUCUACCACCAUAUGAUGUCUUUACAUUAUGUCAGUAUACUGUAACUCAUGUUCAGGAAUUACCUAUAUUUGGUGUAUAUAAAAUGAAGACACUAGGAAAUAACCCAAACGAUAGUUUUAUGUAA